UCUGUUGUCGCAGAAGGGAUUAUGUCUGAGUUCCAAAAUGAAAAAGAAGUUUCUUUUGAUGAUGACGACCAUGAUAAUGAUGAAGGAGCCAAACUCUUGAAAUUACUUGAGACAGCUGCAGAACCAGAAUUACUAAUGGCUGGGAUGAGCUCAAAACAAUUAACCUCCUUUACUUCGUAUAAAGCUAAACUAGAGGAAAUAAGGCAGUUGGAUAUGCAAAAAUCUAUUGAGAAAGCUCUGGAAGCAUCUGGCCUAAAUGAGAGAGAGGUCACUCCAUUUAUGCGGGUUAGAGUUGUCGGGUUGACUAAUAAAUGUCAUAAACAAAAAUGCUACCCAGGCAAAGGCUUGAUAACUAUAUGGAACCCAACUGAGAAACAGAAACUAGACCUGAUCGAGGGACAGGCAUAUGCUGUUGGAGGUCUUUUACCAUGCAGCUCCUAUUCGGGCACCCUUUAUUUGAAAGCAAGAGGUUCAACUACCAAUUGGCUGCCUCUGUCUCCUUCAAUAAUGGAAAAAUAUGAGCCUUUCUUCACUCCACGAUCAUCAGUUAAAAUAUCAAAUCUGGGCGAAGUUCCUCUCUCCAGUGAAUUUGAUAUAGCUGCUUUCGUUGUUUACGUGGGAGAGGUGUAUACAGAAGCUCAUCAAAAGAAGCAGUGGGUGUUUGUGACGGAUGAAUCGGCAUCUGAAUUGAUUUCGAAGGAAUCAUCAGAUACAUUGUUGGCCAUAAGCUUCUACUUGCCUUACACAGAGUGGGAUUCAUUUGCACCAAUAAACAAUAACGUUGCAGGAUCUGUGGUUGUGUUUCGUAAUCUCAUCAAAAGACCUAAAGAUCAAGUGAAUAACCUGUGGGUGGCAGAAGCAACCGAAAAUUCAGAGUAUUCUAUAAGUUAUGACCUUGCGGGUCACAACUAUUUGAAGGAUACUGCUACAUCAAUCUUAAAAUGGGCUAAGACCUCAAGCUUGAUCAUAGAGAAGCUUAAGGAAGAAGUUCUAUCUAUUGUCAGAAAUUCUGAAGUCGUGUUGAAAGAACCUAAUUAAGCUCAGAGACACACAUCUGAAUAUCACAUCAGUUGGGGUUGAAGUCCGUAUCAACAGGUUAAGGACAGUACGUCCUCUUAAACUUGAACCUUUCCUUUUAACAGUGUUGAGAAAGCCCUUGGCAAAUGGGAUUCACCGAUAGUUCUGUUUACUUGACAUUGUCCGUUCAGGUGACCCAAAUGACUCACUGCAUAAUUUCAGAGUGCCAUUUUGAUUUCAGAUUUGGAGUAUUUUAUGAGCUAGUCGACUCAGUUGGCCUGCGUUACAUGGCUUUGUAUAGUUAUUUUUGGUAUAUACUCUUCUCUGCAGGGUGGGAAAAAUAAGAAGUCCAAUUGAUCCACCCUAAGGUGAAUCUGUGUAUGUACAAGUGAAAUAGAGUAUUACAGGUUUUUAUUUUUAAAAACAGGCUGAUUAAAUUGGGUAAAUGUGGUGGCGAGCUUGUGCUGUGCCAGAUUCUGUUGCAUUUUUAUGGUAACAUGAACAUAAAUCACUUCCACGUCUUAAACUGUAAUAUAAAUGGGUCAAGGUUUCA